GGAGGGAGGAGGGAGGGGGAGAGAAAGUGAGGAAAGUUCUCUGAAGUCGCAGACACCUUUACAUUUGAGUUUUUCUUUUUUCCUUUUGUUCCGCUGGCCCGGCGCCUCCAUCCCUUUCCUCUCAUAGGUAAAACAGCUCGGAAACGAAAUGGAGGACUGAGUAUCAUUCGGCAAUAUUUUAACCAAGCCUUCAUGCAUUGGCUCCUAAUUCCCAGCUGUCCAGACGCACUUGGAAACUCUUGAAGCAGAAAAGAGUGAGCAGAAGAGCUGACAUCCCUCCAACUGCACGUGUCCUGCAGAGGCAUCGGGGACUUAUUGGGGGCCACAUAAUCAGUUGCAAAUGCAAUAUGAUGGAUAAAUGGAUCUUAAUUCGAGAGACAUGGCUGCUGCUGCUCGUCACAUGUUUCUACAGCACGAGAGCAGCCAAUCCCAUUGAUGUCCUGAAGGUCCUGGGGCUAUCAGAAGACAUGGAGGGUGUGUCACUGGAAGCAGGACUGUGCACCAGCAGGAAGGGACGAGAAGAGACAGACCUCUCCUUUAAAAUCAACAAGAAGAUUCAACUGAGUGCUCCCACCAAGCAACUCUUCCCUGAGUUGCCAUUUCCUGUGGAUUUCUCACUGAUGACGACGGUUAAAGCUGUGAAAGGGUCACAGGUUUUUCUCCUCUCCCUGUAUGACACCCAGGGCACACAACAGCUGGGUUUGGAGAUCGCUCGCUCUCCUGUAUUCCUGUAUGAAGACCAUGAGGGUCAGCCUUCUCCAGAGCUUUACCCCACCUUUAGAAAGAUCAACUUGGCUGAUGGCAAGUGGCACAGAGUGGCCUACAGUGUGGAGGGGCAGUCAGUGACUCUCUACCUGGACUGUGAGAAGGUGGACACGUUGGACCUGCUCAGAGGUCCCGAUCCCCACGUCAGCACUGAGGGUGUGACCGUGUUUGGGACUCGUUUGCUGGAUGAGGAUGUUUUUGAGGGAGAAAUCCAGCAGCUGCUGCUUGUUGAUGACCCCAGAGCCGCAGAGACGUACUGUCAGGACUACAUACCAGACUGCGACGCACCUUUACCUUAUGACAACAUACUGACAGAGGCUGAGGAGGUGGAGAGAACACCAAAGAAACAUGUGGUUGAAGAAUUUGAGGAAUUUGACUAUAGCGACAACGACGAAGACUUCUCUGUUUCGGUUACUGUUGGUCCUAAUGUCACUGACUAUGAGAUCGUGGAGUAUGAAGACUAUGACAACUCAACACAUUACUACCAUGAGAAUGAAUAUGAAUAUGAGGACGAAUAUGAUGAGCGGUAUGGCCCAGCUGAGAGAGAACGGGAGUAUGGUCUUGACACACAGAAUCUGCCUGAAAAAGGAGAGAAAGGAGAGCCAGGCAAUCUGGGAACGGGAACACAGAUCACAGGACCAUAUGGGCCUCCAGGACCUGAGGGGGAGCCAGGGCCCCCUGGAAUCACUGGUCCUGUGGGUCCUCGAGGAGACCCCGGAGAGCUGGGGCCUCCAGGGCGACCAGGCCUUAGUGGAGCUGACGGCAUACCAGGUCCCCCAGGAAACAUCAUGCUCAUACCGUUCCAGUCAGGCGGCGAUCCAAGGACAGGCGCUGUGGUUUCUGCACAGGAGGCUCAGGCUCAGGCUAUCCUCCAGCAGACCAAGCUGGCUAUGAAGGGGCCUCCGGGGCCACUGGGUCUCAGAGGACGACCUGGUCCUCUGGGUAACCCAGGUCCUUCAGGGCUGAAGGGGACAAGUGGUGAUAUGGGACCAGCAGGCCCUCCAGGCCUGACAGGUAUACCGGGUCAGAAUGGACGCCCUGGGAAACGGGGUCGAGCAGGUGCAGAUGGGGGCCGUGGUGCAAUAGGGGAGACUGGGACAAAGGGGGAUAGGGGCUUUGAUGGUUUGCCUGGUCUCCCUGGGAACAAGGGACAUAAGGGAGACAGAGGGAAGCCAGGCUCUGCGGGUCCUACAGGAGAGCCCGGGGAAAAGGGUUCUGAGGGCCCACCUGGGCCAAGAGGACAGCCAGGGGAUGCUGGUCCCAGAGGUCUCAAUGGCCCCAGAGGUCGUCCUGGACCCCCAGGCCAGCCGGGAAUUCGAGGAAUCGAUGGGGCUCAAGGUUCAAAGGGAAACAUAGGAGCGCCAGGAGACACCGGGGCACCUGGACAGCAAGGCAACCCUGGGAUCUUGGGUUUUCCUGGUCCUCAGGGAUUAGUUGGACUGCCAGGUGAAAAGGGGCCUCAAGGGAAGAAAGGGAUGCGUGGUUUACCUGGAAAUGAUGGGCCCCCAGGUCACCCUGGGAGAGAAGGUACUCCAGGAGAAAAAGGAUUGCCAGGUCCUCCAGGAGUACAGGGACCUGUUGGAUACCCUGGACAGCGAGGAGUUAAGGGAGCAGAUGGAAUCAGGGGAUUAAAAGGGAGCAAAGGCGAGAAGGGGGAAGAUGGUUUUCCAGGGGCCAAGGGGGAGAUGGGCUCAAAGGGGGAUGUUGGGGACAAUGGAGCUAUUGGGGGCCGAGGUGAAGAUGGACCUGAGGGGCCCAAAGGCCAGAUGGGUUCGCAGGGAGAGCCUGGGUCUUCUGGUACUGCCGGAGAGAAGGGUAAACUGGGUGUUCCAGGACUUCCAGGUUAUCCAGGGAGACAGGGGCCAAAGGGUUCUGAUGGUUUUCCUGGUGUGCUGGGAGCUGCAGGAGAAAAGGGGAAGAAAGGUCCUGCAGGACAACCUGGAGGUGGUGGCCAAAGGGGUCCAAAUGGUGCAAGGGGAGGCAGAGGGGCUAGAGGGCCGACUGGGAAACCAGGAGAAAAGGGUGCCUCAGGCCAUGAUGGUCCUUCAGGAUCCUCUGGAGAAAGGGGACCUCAAGGGCCGCAAGGAAGAAAUGGUGAACCGGGACCUAAAGGAACAAGUGGCCCAGCUGGAAAGGAUGGCCUUCCAGGACACCCAGGUCAAAGAGGAGAGGCGGGAUUCCAAGGAAAGACGGGACCUCCCGGACCCUCAGGUGUUGUAGGACCACAGGGUAAAUCGGGGGAAUCUGGCCCAACAGGAGACCGAGGUCACCCAGGAGCACCAGGUGUACCUGGAGAGCAUGGUUUACCUGGGUCUGCAGGAAAAGAGGGUGGAAAGGGAGAUCCUGGUUUACCUGGGACACCAGGGAAAAAUGGUCCUCCAGGACUGAAAGGCUUUAGAGGGAGCAGAGGGGCUCCAGGAGUUAUGGGACCGCCUGGUCUGAAAGGAGGAUCGGGACCUGGUGGCUCUGCAGGAGCCAUUGGACCGACAGGUGAGAGGGGCCCUCCAGGAGCUGCAGGUGCCAUCGGACAACCAGGUCGGCCCGGAGCAAUUGGAGGACCUGGACCAAUGGGAGAAAAGGGGGAGCCUGGAGAGAAAGGUCCCAUUGGACCAGCAGGCCAAGAUGGAGAUCAAGGACCAGUUGGAAUGCCUGGAGCUACAGGUCCUGCAGGACCUCCUGGAGAUGAUGGGGAUAAGGGUGAGCAGGGAGGACCUGGACAAAAAGGCAGCAAAGGAGACAAAGGGGAAGGAGGCCCUGCCGGCCCCACCGGCACUCAGGGUCCAAUUGGUCAGCCAGGACUUCCAGGUAUCGAUGGACUGGUGGGCCUUCGGGGCCAGCAGGGCAUGUACGGCCCAAAGGGCGAUGAGGGAACACGAGGAUUUAAAGGCUCCAAAGGACCCACAGGAUUACAGGGAAUGCCUGGUUUACCAGGUGAAAAGGGUGAGAGUGGGCACUUGGGUCUAAUGGGUCCACCAGGACAGCAAGGCCCAUCUGGUUCUCAGGGACCUAUUGGGGGACUGGGACAAACUGGGAGACCAGGGAUGAUAGGACAGCCAGGUGUUGUUGGAGAGAAGGGUGAGGACGGGGAGGCAGGUGACCCUGGACCAGUUGGUGUGCCAGGAAAGCUGGGAGGAAAAGGAGACCAAGGGGAGAAGGGAGACACAGGCCCUUCAGGAGCAGCAGGUCCUCCAGGAGCCAGAGGUCCUCCAGGGGAAGAUGGAGCCAAGGGCAAUGCUGGUCCAAUAGGUCUGACAGGUGACCUUGGCCAGCAGGGAGAGGCUGGACCCAAUGGUGUGGAUGGGCUCCCUGGAUCUAAAGGAGACAUAGGAGAUCCUGGAAAAUCUGGGCCACCAGGAGCAGCAGGAGAGCCUGGACCACCUGGCCCACCUGGUCGAAGGGGCCACUUGGGCAAAGCAGGCAAGGAAGGGAAAUCAGGUUUGAAAGGAGCAAAGGGGGCUCCUGGACUGGAAGGUCCUAUUGGAAAAACAGGGCCAAUAGGUGCUCAGGGCCAUCCUGGGAAGUAUGGUCCCCAGGGUUUAAGAGGAAUCCCUGGCCCUGCAGGUGAACAGGGUUUAAAUGGACCACCGGGCCAGACAGGACCACCAGGCCCUAUGGGUCCACCAGGCAUACUGGGAUUAAAGGGGGACCCUGGCAGGAAGGGAGACAAGGGGCAUGGUGGUCUGAUUGGUCUGAUAGGGCCACCGGGAGAUAUUGGCGAGAAGGGUGACAGAGGACUACCAGGAAACCAGGGACUGCAAGGUCCAAAAGGAGAUGAGGGUCCAUUUGGCCCCCAAGGUCCCCCCGGCCCUCCUGGCCCCUCAGGCCUGUCUGGUGCCAUAGGUUUAAAGGGCUCAAAAGGAAACCAGGGCCCAAUUGGUCCCAGAGGAGACAUUGGACCCGCAGGGCCUCCAGGACCCCCAGGACGGCCCGCAGUUGGGAUUGCACCUCUUCCAGAGAGAGGAAGAAGAAGAAGAACUCACACUGUGGUGGAUGGUGCUUCUCUUGAAAAUGAGGGGGAGGACUUAGAUGGAGAGGAGGGAUGGAUACAAGGGGACCAGGCAGAGCAGAACGGUUGGAUGAAGGAUAAGGAGGGCCAAGGCAUGGAAGAAGUGUUUGCUUCCCUUUCUUCUAUGAAAGUGGAAGUAGAAGGUCUGCGUAACCCAAUGGGAACAUUCCACAGCCCCGCCCGCACCUGCAAAGAGCUCUGGCUCCUCCACCCAGAGCUCCCCAAUGGUGAGUACUGGAUAGAUCCCAAUCAGGGUUGCCAUAGAGACUCUUUCAAGGUGUUCUGUAACUUCACUGCAGAGGGAGAAACAUGUCUGUACCCUGACAAGAAGUUCAAUUCGGUAAAGUUGGCAGCCUGGAAAGGGGAAAAGCCAGGCACCUGGUACAGUAAAUUCAGGAAAGGAAAACAGUUUUCCUACUCUGGGUCAGAUGGCGUUUCAGUUCACAUCGUCCAGUUGACCUUCCUCAAGCUUCUGAGCGCCACAGCUAAGCAGACCUUCACCUACAACUGCCUCAACUCUGCUGCCUGGCUGCACACCGCUACCUACAGCCACCAACAUGCCCUGCGCUUCAGAGGCAGCGACGGGGAGGAGCUCACGCACGAGAACGCACAUUACAUCAGCGCGCUGUACGACGGCUGUCAGACGCGCUCCGGCCAAGAGAGGACGCUGUUGGAGUUUGACGCUCCGCAGUCCAACACACUCCCCAUCAUCGAUGUAGCCGUGUCCGAUUUCGGGAAAGCGAACCAGAAAUUCGGUUUCCAAGUUGGUCCAGUCUGCUUCAAUGGUUAACGCUGUCGGAAGGACCAGCAGCAGGAGUAAUUUAAUACAAAGAAGAGCCAUGGACACUUUUUACAUGCAGGGAGAAAACGACAUUCCAAAAAACAUAUUUAUAAGUUGAUGUGUCUACUACAGUGUUCUCUCAUCAAAAUAUCCGCUCUUUUGGACCUUCACAGGCAGUCUGUUUGAGCCCUCACGUUGUCUGUUAGCCUAUCUUGAGUCACAUACUUUUUUUUCCUCUUUGAAGGAGUACUCGAUCCUGUCACAGUUUCUCUCCUGUACGUUCAUACAGCUAUCGGUCGAUGCACUUAGUUCCUCCAUACACGUAAUCCCACGCAAAACAUUAUGAAAUACUUUCUUAAACCCAACAAAACCUCAGUGUACUUCAGCAACACACACACCAUGUUUUUUAUUGUCAACCCUUGUUUUGUUAUGUUUUGUACGAUGCUGUAAUUUAGUGGUAAAAACUAUGUUAUGUGGUCUACAUCAAUGAGCCACAACAGUAAAACCAUUAACGGGGGACUCAAACGACUGUACUCACCCUCUUUGUCAUGAUAAUCUGUCCCUAUGAAAAACGAUGGGUCCCCUUCCUUUUCAUGAUAACAGAACUCCCCAACUAUAGCAUAUCAAUGUAGCCACUUCAGAAAUAACUCAGGAACAUCUGGACAGAGUGGCUGUAAUAAAUCAAGUUUCCAAUUUCUUUUUGAGCAUCUGGGAUAUAGUUGAACAGACCUGGGCCACAGGAGCCCCAAACAGCAAAUCACAGAAACUGAAGAAUGUCCUGCCAUCAUCCUGCCACACAGCACCCUCAGAGGUCCAGUGCCUAUUCCCUUUGGCUGAUUUAGGGGACCCCAAAGAGCAACAGACAAAUGGUUUUAGUGUUUGAGCUGACUGAUGUACAUUUCAGCAUAAUUCAUCAUGGUGCUAUUAUGUAGGUCCUAGUGAGUAAAAUUAUUUGUAAAGGGGAUUUGGUGCAGAGCAUUUUUUCUAUGAUGUGAAACUAUGUUUUAUAUUGUGUCAAUAUUAUGAACCAAACUGUGGUACGUGAUUGCCUCAAGGUCUUUCUGUUCAUAUUUGUGUGGGCAGGUGAUGAACACAUUUAAAUAAAAGUACAUAAUGUACAUUUAACAUGA